AUGAGUUGUUCUCACUCCCAUCCGUUCCGCAAAGCCCUUCGACUGAACCUCGAACCGCAGCCGCCCUUCCAGCCGCCGCACGCCCUUCGCCCUCUGCCGCAGCCACCCGCCCUCGCGCAGCCGUCCGCACACCUUUCGCCUCCGCCGCAGCCUCUCGCUCGCCCUUCGCCCUCUGCCGCAGCCGCCCGCGACUUCGCCCUCCGCCGCAGCCUCGCACGCCCGCCCGCCCCGCCCUCCGCCGCAGCCGCCCUUCGCCCUCCGCCCUCUGCGCAGCCACCCGCCCUUCGCUCUCUGCCGCAAGCCGCCCCGCACGCGCCGCCCGCACUCGCCGCAGCCGCCCUUCAGCCCGCCCUCUGCCGCAGCCACACCGCCGCCUUCGCCCUUUGCCGCAGCCUCCCGCACGCCCGCCCGCCCCCCGCCGGCAGCCGCACGCCCUUCGCCCUCCGCGCAGCCGCCCUUCAGCCCGCCCUCCGCCCGCAGCACCCGCCCGUCGCCCUCUGCCGCAGCCUCCCGCACGCCCGCCUUCAGCCUCUGCGCUGCGCGCCCGCCACUACCCCUUCGCCCACCCGCCGCAGCCUCCCGCACGCCCGCACUUCGCCCUCUGCCGCAGCCUCCCGCACGCCCGCACCGCCCUCUGCCAAAGUCGUCCUUAAACCGACCAUACACGACCUUUUACUACACACGGAACACUCCCCCAAGAAAGUCGUCCUUAAAACGACCACGCCCGACCCCUCACCACAGACGACCGCUCACAGCCCCCUGCUCCAUAACCGAGAGCCGCCCGCAGCGCAGGUCGCCCUCCGCCCGCGCGACGGCGAUGGGCGGCGGGCGGCAGGAGUUCCCAACGGACAAAAGGGCAAAGUCGGAGUUGAACCAAAGGCGUCGGCAGCCAUUAAAUGUCCGGCCUCACACUUUCCCAUCAAAAGGCGGGGGUCAGCGUCAAUAUUUGACCAGAAAGACCGCACUUGGAACCACAGCUAA